UGAUAACUAUUUGCAUGUUAACCGUGGUGGGCUUCGUCGCAGCUCUGCCGGUUGAAAACGUUGGUGUUGCUGAAGCUGAAAGAGAUGUCGCACCAAGAAAUACCAUAAUCGAGAAUAUAAUUCUGGACAUAAUAGAAAACCUGCGAGAUUUAAUGAUCAAUGGCAGUGAUGAUAUCCCAGUGCUAGAUCCUUUGAAACUCGACCGUGUAUAUUUGCAGUUGGAUAAUCUUGGACUAGAAAAUUCUCACAUAGAAGCAACUGAUUUAGUAGUAACAGGUCUGAGCACUUUCGAGAUAGAUGACUUCAGUUUCACACCAGCGCCGACAGUCCUUCAACCACUCAGACACGCCGUGGUACUAGAUGCUUACAUACCUGUAAUCGAUAUCGAUGCCAAAAAUUACGACCUCAGCGUAAUUGUUGUUGGAUUUACUAUUUUUGGCAAUGGUGAAGCUAAGCUGAAAGUAGUAGAGCCGAGGCUGAAGUUGAACAUGAUGGUGAAUCUCGGUUUAAUUGGCGGCAUCUCUUUAAGAAUACUAAGCGCAGAGGCAAGGAUCGGAUUGGUUGCUUUUGAGUCUGGUUUGACGGGAGUAUUCAACGACGACUACCUAAAUGAUUUCAUUAAUGAUUUUCUUGGAGUGUUUAUUCCAGAAGUGGUGGAGUUCUUUGAGGAUGACAUAUCAGCGAUCAUAAGCCCCCUCAUAGUGCAAAUUGGUAACGAUAUUUUGGAUAACAUUGACAUUGGAGAUCUUCUGCCUACGGACGAAAUUACAAAAUUGGCUGGUCUACCCGUCGCUGAGAAUACUAUUGCUUAAAUUAUUUUCACAUGUCAAACAGAACCCU